UUUGCUCUAUGUAUCCUAUUUCUUCCACACAAUGAGGAUUCAUAUCCUAACCCUCAGAACCUUUCCCCUCCGUCUCCUCCUCCUCUUGGCCGUAAAACUCCCGGCCUCGGCCGCUGGCCGUUGCGUAACCACCACGGCCACGAGAACGUUCGAGAAAUGUGUAUCUCUCCCGACGCAACAAGCCUCGAUCGCUUGGACUUACCACCCCGGGAACGCAACUCUCGACGUUUGCUUCUUCGGCACGUUCAUCUCUCCCUCGGGUUGGGUCGGAUGGGGGAUAAACCCUAGUUCCCCCGAGAUGACGGGUUCUCGGGUCCUGGUCGCGUUCCCAGACCCUAACUCGGGCCAACUCAUCCUCCUCCCUUACAUUCUUGACCCUUCGGUUAAGCUCCAGAAGUCGCCUUUGCUCUCGCGCCCUCUCGACCUCCGUCUCCAUGCCUCCUCGGCCUCGCUCUACGGCGGGGACAUGGCCACGAUCCGCGACGGGGCCUCCGUUCAGAUCUACGCUUCGAUUAAACUUCCGUCGAAUAAGACCAAGAUUCAUCAUGUUUGGAACAGAGGUCUCUACGUUCAAGGCUACUCUCCCACCAUCCAUCCCACCACCUCCAUUGAUCUCUCCUCCUUCGCCACCUUCGAUGUCUCCUCAGGUUUUGCAUCUGUAAAUCGACACACAGAUUCAAGAACCCUAAAAGUGAUACACGGGAUAGUCAACGCCGCCGCGUGGGGGGUCCUCCUGCCCGGCGGCGCCGUCGUCGCCAGAUACCUCCGCCAUAUGAACUCCGCCGGACCCACCUGGUUCUACGCACACGCGGCGAUCCAGCUCGCCGGAUUCCUCCUCGGGACGGUGGGGUUCUCCAUCGGAAUCAUCCUCGGCCGUGAAUCUCCCGGAAUCACGUAUACCCUUCACCGGAACCUGGGCAUAGCGACGUUCGCGGCGGCGACGGUGCAGACGCUGGCUCUGCUUUUCAGACCGAAGACGACGAACAAGUUCCGGAGGUAUUGGAAGUCUUACCAUCACUUUGUCGGGUACGGAUGCGUAGUGAUGGGCGUGGUGAAUGUGUUUCAAGGGUUCGAGGUGAUGGGGGAAGGUGGGUCGUUCGCGAAGCUUGGGUACUGUCUGUGUUUAUCGACGUUGAUCGGAGUUUGCGUGGCCAUGGAAGUGAACUCGUGGGUCGUGUUCUGUCGGAAAGCGAAGGAGGAGAAGAUGAAGAGAGAAGUUUUGACUGGCAUUAGUUCCUGCAACCGAGGAAGUGGAAUUCUCAAUUAGGUCUUGCCCCUUGGGAGAGUGAGUGAAUUCGUAGAUAUACAUAUACGUAUAUAUGUAUAUAUAUACACGAAUAUGAUCUGUAUCUACAACUCGCGUCCGAAGCGUAAGAGUCGGAAAAUCUCUGUUUUAUUCAUUA